AUGUUUUCCCUAUGGUCGCUCGUUCUUCUACCUAUCGCGCUGUCUUCAGCGCUGAACUUGGAUCUGAAUUUGGACUUGAGCUUGGGCAAGAAAACACCCCUCAGAUUCAUGCGCAGGAAUAUCAUUUACUGGAACACCACGUCGCCCCAUCCAGACCUCGCCUCGGAGGCAUCCACAGUCACUUCGUCCAGUGCAACAUCUACUUCAGUUCCCAGUGAGACAACCUCGUCCCCUGUAUCGACAAUCGCUUCGUCUAGUUCUACAUCAACUUUUACUCCCGUCGACACGAGGUCCAGCCUCCCACCAAUCGCUCAGUUCAGCCCUCCAUCGAUUCCAGCUCCAUCUGACACCAGCACCACCAUAACAGUCGCUACAAUCUAUCCUCCACCGAUUCCCGCUCGCUCCGACACCAGUACCAGCUCAACGACAAUCGCUUCGUUCGCUCCUCCACCGAUUUUCGCUCCAGUGGGGUCGAACCCAAGCACCACGACAGUCACUGCGCCAACGAAUACAUCUACUUCUCUCUCAAGUGAAUCGAUUUCUUCUGAUAUUGGCACCCAUAUCAAUGGAUCAACACCUCCCGCUCUCAAAACCCCUCCACCUUUGCCCUCAAUCACACGCCCUUUUACCAACACCACAAUCAGUCUAGAUCUUGGCAUGACUACGAAUUCCUCGACCGUGUCUCCAACUUGUACAGGCUCAGUCACGUACUUCGGAACUGUUCCACCCACAGUCUACGUGACUGUGACUGAGGGAUUCGACGUGACUGUAACAGCCAGCAAUGAGUCCAUGACUGAGAUGCCGACCUUGAUCACUCCAUUGCCAGCAUGUGAAGCAACGAUCAUGCCCCUGGCUGCGUCAUAUUCGUAUGCCCCGUUAUCGACAGAAUCGGAGGCCCCUUCAAACGUUCCUCAAUUCGCUACCAAUAAUCCACUCAUCGCUCCCGCACCUGAAUCCACUCGGCCAGUGGUGCCUGCGGGAACACCUGCCAUUGCUACCCCUCCCACGCCCUUGGCGAGCUCUGCUUCUGCUGCCUCUACAGCUGUCUACUCCAGUGUCGACUAUACCAGUACUGUCGUCGUCACAAAGAAGACACCGGUGCCCGUGGUAAUACCACCCACCACUUCUGUCGACAUCAACUUCAAUUUCCCGUCCCAGAGUUCCACCCCGCCUCCUAGCGGAAACAGUGGCAACAACGGUGGCGGCGGCGGGAACACCCCUGCUCCCGGUGGGAGUAACAACGCACCAGCACCUCCCGCAACCAGUAAUGGAGGGGGCAGUUUCCCUUCGAUCAGUAACCAAGGCCCAACCGGAGGUAGUUUGAUCGUCGAGGCUCCUACAACUACAAAAAUAGGCAAUAUCAUCGCUUCCAUCAUCAACUCACCCUUUGCGACCGCCUCGCCUACUGGUCAUGCUUCCGGAGCUGCCCCCUUGACUACCACAGUUGACGGUGUCCCUAUUGUUGUACAGCCCUCCAGUGUGGUGAUUGGCGGUCAGACCGUUGCAAUCCCUAAUCUGGUUCCCACCACCGUGCAAGCCUCCGGUGCUGUCUUCACAGUGGAGCCCUCCAAAAUCAUAGCUCCUUCAGCGACUAUCACAAUCCAGCUUCAACGUGACCAGAUCGUGACACCUGUUCCUACGGCCACGAUUACCACCGCGGUUGGCGAUCUCACUCUCACCGUCGGACCCACGGUUGCGAUCAUCUCUGGAACGACGUAUAGGAUCGGAGAAGGUGCGCCAGCCACGACGAUUAUAGUUGACGGAACGAGGAUCUCCAUCGGCUCUGCUGGCGUUGGGUUACCUAGCACUACUGUGGCGCCUGGUGGCGCGACGAACUCGCCCUUCGUUGUCUACACCGUACAAGGCCUGACCUUCUCGAUCGAUGCCACUGAAGCCAUUGUUGGUGGCACCACCUACCGCAUUGGAUCCAACGCUCCCCAAGUGACGACCACCAUUGGCUCGGGACAUGUGUCGGUGUCAUUUGGCCCAGGGGGAGUUGGCCUUGAAUCGACCACGAUCGUUCCCGCGACAGCCUCAUCGCACAUAUCUCAGACUACGAAGACCGGUUCAAAAUCAACACCUGCAACUGCGUCUCCGACACAGUCUGCGAAUGUAGCCAACGAGGCAUCAUCUCAGGUCUGCGGACCAGUCGUUCUUCGACGCUGUCUAUUUGUUCUGUCUUUGGGAUGGCUUGUUCUUUGA